CGCAUGCGCACAGCCCGGUGUCAGGUGUCAGCAGCUGUCGAGCUGGAGGAGAGCAGAACCGACACGGCACGUGAAGCCUGCCCAGAAUAACCGCGAGGACCUGCACAAAAACGGGUCCAAAACCUACACGAACGGGCCCGGACCGAACCGACCCGCGGGUCUGCCCCGGAGCUGAAGGAGGAGCUAGCCAGCUAACUAAAGGCGAACCUGCAGUCUGUUGGACCGGAACAACCACGCGGCUCCGGUCCAAACCGGUCUAUUAGCGAGCUCCACGGACCCGCCCCCACCCGGCAUGCCCCUGCGCGCACGAGGCUGCUGAAGUUCGAGUUCUGAAGGAGGACCGGGCUGAGAGCGGUUCGGUCAGACCGGCACAGGCCGACAUGUUGAUAGCUGCAGUAGGCGAUGGAACCAGAGGCUCCGCCCCCACGAGCAAGAAACAGCGCCGCAGAGGCAAAAAACACAAACGAGUGCGACCUCAACAACACUGUCCCGAUGAGUUUUUCGACAUUCAGACUUCAAACCCCAGAAGCAGCUCUGCUCAGCCGCUCCCCGAGACUCAAGAUUGUCCAGAACCGUCCAGAACUUCUCCAGAGGAUGUGCAUGAAACCCUCCUGCUCCCUCACAGCCCCUCCCACAGUCAGUCACCUGAUCCCGAGAGGCCCCGAGAGACUUCCCCGCCUCCACCGGACACAGGAAGUGCUCCAGCAUCCCCCCCGCUGCCCCUGGAGACCGUUCUUCAAACCUUCAGUCUCCGCCAAUCAUCUCCUGUUGCAGCAGAUUGCCCCGCCCACAGUCUCAGCCAAUCACCACCAACCGUUGACCUGCAGAUGACCCCGGACCCCCCCCAAGCCUUUCCAAGUUUCUGUGCAAACAGCCAAUCAGAGCUUUGUGGACCUCCUUUAAGUCUGACUGAAACACUAUCAUCCAAAGCUCCUCCCACAAUCCAGCCUUGCCCCUCCCACCAUGACUCCUGCAUGCUGACUGCACAGACAUUCACUUCCAGUGUGCCCUCCCACCUGUACACCCCCCUCUCUUUUUCUCCUCCCUCCUCCCUCCCCGGCUCUCAUGACCCUCCUUUCAGUCCCAUCAUGCACUCUGCUCCCCAUCAACUGAGCCCACCCCCUCCAGAGUUCACCCCGCCCCCUACCCAGCUCCUGGGCUCUGAUGAUGAGGAGCAGGAAGACCCCUCAGAUUACUGCAGAGGGGGGUACUACCCGGUGAAGAUCGGCGACUUGUUCAACGGGAGGUACCACGUGGUGAGGAAGCUGGGCUGGGGCCACUUCUCCACCGUCUGGCUCUGCUGGGACCUGCAGAAAAAGCGCUUUGUGGCUCUGAAGGUGGUGAAGAGCGCUCCUCAUUACACAGAGACGGCCCUGGAUGAGAUCCGGCUGCUCCGAUGUGUCAGGGACAGCGACCCGUCUGACCCCCAAAGGGAGACCAUUGUUCAGCUUAUCGAUGACUUCAAGGUGUCUGGAGCUAGCGGCGUUCAUGUUUGCAUGGUUCUGGAAGUUCUGGGUCAUCAACUCCUGAAGUGGAUUAUUAAGUCAAACUACAUGGGACUUCCUCUGGUCUGCGUGAAAACGAUCAUCAGACAGGUGCUUCAGGGUCUGGAUUACCUGCACACCAAGUGUAAGAUCAUCCACACAGACAUCAAACCAGAGAACAUCCUGCUGGUGGUAGAUGACGUCUACAUCCGGAGGCUGGCAGCGGAAGCCACUGUCUGGCAGAAGAUUGGAGCUCCGCCUCCCUCUGGAUCCUCAGUUAGCAUGGCUCCUAGGAAUCUCCAGGCUGGAAAAAUGUCCAAAAAUAAGAAAAAGAAGCUGAAGAGAAAAGCCAAACGUCAUCAGAAACUGUUGGAAGAAAGACUUGAGGACAUACAGAGAAUGGAGGAAGAAGAGGGUCUGUGUCAGCCUGAUGAGGUCGAUCCUAAAGUCAACAGCAAAGCAAGUCCCGAGUCCAAAGGUUCCUGGUUAGAGGAGCGCUGUAAUGGCUACACCACUGGACGAGUCUCGAGUCCCGCCUCUGGUCUGUCAGGGUUCUCCAGCUCAGUGAUGUCAGCGACAUCCGAGUCGGCUCGCUCCACCCAAUCCGGUUACUCGAGUGGAAGAGACGCGGUGAAUUCCUCCGACUUGAUCAUCAGUCCUCUGGAUCCUCAGAACGCAGACCGAAUCCGAGUGAAGAUCGCGGACCUGGGAAACGCCUGCUGGGUGCACAAACACUUCACGGAGGACAUUCAGACCCGGCAGUACCGAGCUCUGGAGGUUCUGAUUGGAGCCGAGUACGGACCGCCGGCGGAUAUCUGGAGCACCGCCUGCAUGGCCUUUGAGCUGGCAACAGGAGACUACCUGUUCGAGCCUCAUUCCGGAGAAGACUACACCCGGGAUGAAGAUCACAUCGCUCACAUCAUCGAGCUGCUGGGGCCUAUCCCUGUGCCGUUCGCCCUGUCUGGCAGGUACUCCAGAGAGUACUUCGACAGAAGAGGUGAGCUGCGGCACAUCUCCAGCCUGAAGCCCUGGGGUCUGUUUGAGGUCCUGCUGGAGAAGUACGAGUGGUCUCUGGAUCAGGCGGCAGCCUUCAGCGACUUCCUGCUCACCAUGCUGGAGCUGCAUCCGGGGCGGCGAGCGACGGCGGCGCAGUGUCUGCAGCACCCGUGGCUGCAGGCAUGAGCACACAUGCACACGUGCACGCUCACUGUUUGACUGUUCGGUGUGUUAGGUGCCCCCCCCUCCCCUCCAAGAUCUUCCAGUUCCUCCUGCUUCAAACUUUCCAUCCGCAGCUGCCCCCCCCUCCUCCAGUCAUAGUGCCUUUAAUGAAGCAGCUUUUCUACCUGUCUGUGAAAAUAAAGAGAAAAUCUCACCUG